CACGCGGCUAGCGUGCAUGAGCGCGUGGUGGAGUUUCUUUUCCGUUAGAGCUGCAGAGAGAGAAGAGCGCGUGGCGCACCAAAGCAAUCUCAACCAUGGUGCUGCUACACGUGUUGUUUGAGCAUGCAGCCGGAUACGCGCUGUUCGCCGUGAAGGAGGUGGAGGAGAUCGGCAUGCUGCUGCCGCAGGUGGAAGAAAGCGUCCUGAACAUCGGGAAGUUCAACAGCGUGGUGAAACUCGCGGCUUUCUUCCCCUUUAAGUCUGCUCAGACGGCACUGGAAAACAUAAAUGCCAUUUCAGAAGGAGUUGUUCAUGCCGAUCUCAAGCUGUUUUUGGAGACAAACUUGCCUUCGGGUAAGAAGAAGGCAGUGUUGGGUGUGGCGGAUGGCAAGAUCGGGGCAGCGCUUCAGGAGGAACUGGGUGCAUCCGUUCAGACCGGAGGAGUAGUAGCGGAGAUCCUCAGAGGUGUGCGCUUGCACUUUCACUCCCUCGUCAAGGGCCUGACAGCUCAGGCUGCAUCCAAAGCACAACUUGGUCUAGGUCACAGUUACUCCCGGGCUAAGGUCAAGUUUAACGUAAACAGAGCUGACAACAUGAUUAUCCAGUCCAUCGCCCUGCUUGAUCAGCUGGACAAGGACAUCAACACGUUUUCUAUGCGUGUCCGUGAGUGGUACGGCUACCACUUUCCCGAGCUGAUAAAGAUAGUAAGCGAAAAUGCCACAUACUGCAAGCUGGCCAAGUUUAUCGGGAACAGAAAGGAGCUGAGUGAGGAGAGCCUGGAGCCUCUGGAGGAGAUCACGAUGGACAGCGCCAAAGCCCAGGCCAUCCUGGAAGCGUCACGCAGUUCUAUGGGAAUGGAUAUCUCCCCCAUCGACCUGAUCAACAUUGAGAGUUUCUCAAACAGAGUCGUGUCACUCACUGCUUACAGACAGGAGCUGCAGGAGUACCUGCGCUCCAAAAUGUCGCAGGUGGCCCCCAAUCUGUCGGCCCUCAUCGGUGACGUGGUUGGUGCACGUCUCAUCUCCCACGCGGGAAGCCUUACUAAUCUGGCCAAGUAUCCAGCGUCUACAGUGCAGAUCCUCGGAGCAGAAAAGGCCCUGUUCAGGGCGCUAAAGACGAGAGGAAACACCCCGAAGUACGGUCUGAUUUUCCAUUCCACGUUCAUCGGCCGCGCUGCUGCCAAGAAUAAGGGCCGCAUCUCCCGGUACCUCGCUAAUAAGUGCACGAUUGCGUCUCGGAUCGACUGUUUCGCCGACGUCCCUACGAACGUGUUCGGAGAUAAACUGCGAGACCAGGUGGAAGAACGGUUAGCCUUUUACGAGACCGGUGAGACGCCAAGGAAGAACCUGGAUGUCAUGAAAGAGGCAGUUGUACAGGCUGGUGAAGUGGCUGCAGAAAUCAAGCGCAAACUUGACAAGAAAGAAAAGAAGAAAAAGAAGCGUGAAAAGAGACAACUAGAAGCUCUUGCCACAGGUGAAGAGGAGGAGGAAGUGGUUGAAGCUAAGAAAACCAAAUCUAACAACGAUGCUGAGACACAAGAAAACGGAGAUGAAGUGACAGGCAAGAAGAAGAAGAAAAAGAAGUCAGAAGUGAAGGAGGAGGAGGAAGAUGUGACAACAAAUGGUACGGAAGAAGCAGCUCCUAAGAAAAAGAAACGAAAAAGCGAGGCUGUUGAACCUGAGCCAGAGAUAAAUGAGGCUCCUGAACCUGAGCAGACUGAGAAGAAAAAGAAGAAAAAGAAAAAGAAGGCAGAUGAUGAAUAGGAAUCCGUCCUUUAACAAUUACCUUUUUUUAUAUAUAUACUGUACAGUUUAUGAUUGGGUUUCUGGACAAGAAAUCAUGUUUCAGUUUUUUUUCUUUGAGAAUCUAUGAAUGAGUGCUGUGUCUUGAGUUCAAAUUAAACAAUCUGCCAGUUUCAGUGUACCUCUCAGCUGUUGUAUUGUCCAUGCUUACUGUGAAUGUUCCAUGUCUAACCAAAAAAAUUAGUAAAUGCUUCAUGAUGAAAAUAGGCUUCUGUUAUGUAAAUCUGUCUAUGCUUGUAAUGGGUCUGAGUGUAAGGACCACUGCAGCUCAGUGGUUAAUGUCUUGUACAAAGUUUUUAGACAAAUAAAUUUCCUAUACCUAAAAUGGGAACAAAAAGUU